AUGAACGCACGUGGUCGAGGCGCUGUGGCAUUUCGUGGUGGACGAGGCGGUCGCAGUGGCGGUGGUGCUGGAUUUGGGCGUGGACAAAGCCGUGGUCGUGGUGGACAUUCAUUUCGCGGUGGUGCGGAUGCACCGAUGAAGCGAGUCGUCAAGUCUUUAGAUAAUAAUAAUAAUAAUAAUAAUAAUAAUAAUAAUGGGUUAACUUCAGCAGGUUCCACACAUACCACACCUGGUAAGCAAUUCACAUCCCAACAACAACAACAACGUCAUGUUGUCACAACAGUGACGGAUAACGGUACAGAACUCCCCAAAAAACUCAAUAAUAAAGUAUUUAUUGAUGGUUUACCGUACGAAAAUAAAACGGGAGAUGGUUCAAGUGUAGAAGAUGAGCUGAUGCAGUUUGCUACUGCCUGGAGAGUUGGUAAACCCAUUCGUCUUAUUAAAAAGGAUGGACAAGGAUUCGGUUUUUUGGUUUUCUUCUCACCUCACAGCGUCGAUGUGGCGGUACGUGUUUUAAACGGGCGUAAGUUCCUCGGUCGCACACUGCGCGUGGCACUUCCAAAGGAGAAGAAUGGAAUCACAGAUACAAUGAACAACGGUGGGGAUGCGGAUGGAAAGGGUAGUUAUUCCCGUCAAGUACUUCUCUCGGACUUGGCAAAGAUUACACAAGCGGAGAUCAUUCGAGAAAUUCUCAGAGAUGUAGCCCCACAACUGGAGAAACGAUUGGAAUCUGUCAAGUUAACAUCAAAUAACCGAAAAGCAUUCCUUACAUUUAUGUCUAAUGAAGACGUAGAACCCGCUGUGAAGUUUCUUGAUGGCUUGUCUAUGCUGGGCCGUCGCAUUGCCGCAUCUCCUGCUGCAGCCCCGGGUACAUUACCAUACUCAAAACGAGCAAACAAAAACACUCCACUUACAGGGCGUGAUGCAGAUGGAACCACAACAAAAGAGAGUAGCGAUCACGAUAACAAUGAUGAUUAUGAGAAUAAUGAUGAGAAUGAUGUGGCACCGGUAGUGCCGUUGGGUAUGGAGGCACCACCCACUCGACAGGCGGUAAAACGCACAGAGCAAACAGCAACACGUAAAGAAGGAAAACCAAGUAAUGUAACUGGUGUAACAGAAAAGUACAAUCUACUGGAUAAUGGUCCAGCAGAGGUGUUUGUUGGAAAUCUUGGCGAUGAGGUAACGGAGGCACAACUCCGUAGCCACUUUUCGGCAUGUGGGAAAAUCACAGAGUGUGAGAUUAUGGUGAAUAAAAGUACACGUCUUCCUACAGGAAUCGCACGGAUCGUUUUUGCGCUUCCUGCGUACGCUGCCUAUGCGCAGAAACAUUUACAUGGAUCACGUCUGCAUGGUCAUAUACUUCGUGUUGAUCGUGGCGAAGAACCAAGUGCGCCGCUGAUGUCAGAGUUAGCACCAAACGAUGAUGAAGAAGAAGAAAUUGACGAGGAUGGCUAUAUGGAGCACUACGGCGUAAAAGAUAAGGCUGCAUACUUCAAGGGAACUUCACUUGAGGAGGGACGCAAAGGUAAAGUUAAGGGUAAGGAGAAGGGCGACAAGAAAAUCAGCAGCAGCAGCGGCGGCGACAGCAGUAACAGUAACAGUAACAGUAAGGAUAAAAACAGUAAACGGGUAAGAGAGACUAUGGUAGAUAGUACAGAGAAGAAGAAAAGUAAGAAGGAGAAUACAGAAGGAGACUUUGUGGUCUCUGCUUCAUUUCCAGCAAGUGGUGCCUUUGACGAUGACGAUGAUGAUGAAGAGGAGCACUUCCAUGAUGUGGAUGAUGUGGAUGAACCAGUAAAGUCCAAUGCGGCCCGUCGCGGUGUAAAGAAGGGCAAAUCAGGAGGAUCAAUGAAGCAGAAGGUGAAAAAGACGACAAAGGCUAAGAAAUCAUCCAAGUGA